AUGGCGAAUGUUCCGGUGGACAAUGAAGCGAAAACUGAAGACUACAGAAAGCAUUUUCUCGAGCUGGCAACCUCGGUCGAACUAACUGGACCGGAUAUUGUUCCCCAAGCUCCUCUUUAUCGCUUUUUUGGUCUCGUGAACAUCUAUUCUGAGGUGAAUUUGUUCAGGUUUUAUAGAACUUUUUUUGUUUAGAAAGACAGAAUUGUACUUGGAGAAGCAGUCAAACGUACGACAUUGUUUUGCAACGCAAUGCGAAGCUUUCUUGUCGAUCCUCGUUGGAGCGAGCGUGAGUUUUUGCGAAUUCUAAUUUUGAAAACCGUUUUUCCUGUUAGAUAAAACCAAAAAUAUAUGUUCAGUCCCUGGGAAUGUGCCCCUGAAGCGUCUCAGACGAUCUGAGCGGAUCAAGGCCCAGAAUUCGUCGGCUCCUCCGAACACUAAGAAGCCGGAAACCGGCAAACCUACUUCGCGUAAAGCUAAUAAGUAAAGCUUAAAAUUGUGGUACACUCGAAGAAUUAUAAAAAUUUGACAAAGUUUUCCAAAUUUUCCUUGCUUUGAUUCAAAUAUGUACAGCACCAACAUUUACAUUAAUAUGAACUGAAUUUUUUUCUAUUUACUUUUUUUAGUAAAUCAUUUUUUUCUAUACCUGCUCAUUUUUCUGAUCAUAUAUAUACUGCGUAUCAUUAAAAUGAUUUUUUUACCAAUUUGUCAGCUUUUUUUAGUAAACUGCCCCCAUUUACCCAUGUGAUCCACAUUAAAAAAAUUAUAAAUUUUUCUUCUCAAUCUUCCAUUCUUUUUUCCAUGACUUUUUAACUGUACUAUUGAAUAUUUUGUGAUAUAAAGCGUGUCUUCAAGAUAAGUGUUUCAACUCACUAGUUAAUUUUCCUUUAUUCUAAUUUCUGAUGCUUUAAAUUUCGACCAAUAAAUAUUGCGAAAUCGAAGCUCGAUGUAUUAACAGGAAAAAAGUUUUCUUAAACCGUUGAUACCAAAGUUUCAAGUUGAGUUUUCUGAGCUCACAUCGUCGUCUACACAAGGUUCUGAAAAGUUUACAUACGAUUUUUCCUUACUCCGCCUCUUUUUAGGGCUACGAUAGGAGAAAUACAAAAAAAUGUAAUUUUUUUCUUUGUAGUCCAAAUCGAAUCAAACAAUUUUGAAUGUUGUACCCCUAGUAUUUUGCUCGCGAGAACAAUACAGUUGAAUGAAAAUGAGCGAAAACCUUCUUAGUAAAAUAAAAAAAAAGAAAGUAAAAUUCAGAAAAGAAAAAAAAUAGUUUGAAAUUCUAAGUGUUCCAUGGAGCGAAAUUGCGGUUUGGCCUAGUUUUUCAAACUGACUGACCGACCGACUCUUCCAGCAUGCCAGUUGUGUGAGACAGGUCAAAACUUCUAGUUACCUCGUGGCGCGAAAAGGAAGGUACACUCGAUACCAGACGACUCUUCACAGCUCGACGUUUCGUUCUUUUUUUCGCUUGACGAAACUAUUUUCCAUCUUCAAUUUUUUUUUUUUUUUUCAAACCCAUUUUAGGAGACUUGUUCGUGGAUUAGAAAUGUUUUCUGAAAUAUACAUGAGAUUGAACGAAAAAAUAAAGUAUAAAUAUAGAAUCUCACUUACUGAAAUCCCAUAAAUUUCUGGAGAGUAAUUAUUGAAAAUUUUUUUUCAAAUAAAUGCCGAAAAAAACUCAAACUGUGUAAACUAUAAUUUUUCAAUGUCAUAGUUUUUUUCAUCAGUCAUUUUUCUCAACACUCUAAUAUUUUUUUCACGCGGAUCAAAAGGCUUCUUCGCUAAUCAACUUUUUUCCAGGAGAAUGUCGUCGUCACCAGAAGAAAACCAGUGGGACAGCUUCCAAACAGAACUUUUUUCCACGCUUGGAAAUAGAGAUUCACCAGACCCCCCUCACAUCCGAUUUUUACAAUUCUGCAAAUUGUUGAUCCUUACAAUAGAGGUAUGGCUUCUUUCAUACAUUUCCAUUUCAAAUUUCUGUUCAUAGGAUAACAAGCGGCGAUUAAUGGAUAUCUGGGGACUCGAUCCUGUCACACCCAACGUCACUCCAGCAAAACAUAACUUGAAACCAGGUUUACUCUUUCAUGGUAUACAUAUGAAAUCCUAAAGGUUUCAGAUAAUUUAAAAAAAACUUAUGAGAAUAUGGGGAAGCAAGUGUUGAUUUUCUUUUAUUUGGAAACAGUUGGUGCGCGCAAAUUACGGAAGCAAGUUUUGACGCGCUCAUGUGUUCUUUCUUGCUUAUUGAACUUGUCGAACCUUGGUGUCAACGACUAUUUAUCAAACGGUUCAAUGAGCUUGGAAGACCGCUCACGGAGUGGACGACCGGCCACUGCUACAUCCGCAGAAACUACCAAAACGGUCCGCGACCUUAUCCGUCAAUUUCCAAGAAGGCCUGUGAAGGAACUAUAUAAUUCCAUUGGCCAGGUGACACUUUGGCCUUUGUGUCUUGUUGGAAUAAGCCAUGGCUGGUGUCCAAUCUCGUUUAACAGUGGUGCAAGAAGGAGCAUUCUGGCUUCAUCGAUACUUCAGAACGACCACGCUAUUCGCCGGAUCUCAAUCCGCUACUCUGCAUAGGACGUUCUAGACCUGUGCUACACGGCAUCAGAAGAUCGAGCCUUCGAAGGCUUCCAAAAUCGGUGUCGACUACCCUCCACCACGAUCAACGCGUUUCCAAAGUGCUUUCGAGUCGGUGGUAUGAAAAAAACACCAGCGAAAAUUCAAACGGCGACUUUUCCGAUUUUUUCAUAUCGCUAGGAAACUUUCCGACGGACACCUUUCCGACGAAACGUUUUCCGACUUUUUUUCUCGAUAAAAUCUUCGUUUUAAAUCUUCCUAUAUAAUGUAGAUAGUUGGUUCAUGAUUAAAACACAAAAAAAUUCGAAAAAAAAAUGCUUGUAGAUGUUUUAUAAACCGAAAAAUACAAGGGAAAAAAGUCGGAAAAGGAUCCGUCGGAAAGGUGGCCGUCGGAAAGUUCCCUAGCGAUAUGAAAAAAUCGGAAAAGUCGCCGUUUGAAUUUUCGGUGGUGUUUUUUUCAUAACACCUUCGGGUCUACAUUCGCAAUAGUGUUGACCUUAUUGAAAACAUUUGAUGCUAUUUUGUUUUCAUUAUUCUAAAUAAACUUCCCACAAAACUUUGAAUCAAUUCGAUAGUUUUACGGUAUUUUUACUGUCAAUUUAUUUGCUUCCGUAGUUUGCGCGCACCCUGUGGAGUUAUAUUACAUCGUUAAAACAAAAAUAGCUUUCAGAAUAUAUCCAGAGAGCGCAAAGUUCAGAUAAAAUUUUUCCUUCUAAAAUCAUUUUAUUUGUUUGUAGAGAGUAGCCAAAUCGGGACAACAUAUGAUAUUUCUCAAUAAAAAAAAAUUUUGAGCGAUAACCGAGAAAACUGAUUGAGAGAACAAAUAAUUGGGAGCACUAUAAAUUCAUUUAGAGCUUUGUUCAGUUGAGUGGAAAAGAUAUAUAUAUUUUUUUUGCAGUUCUCAAAGCCACGCAUGAACCCCAACCGCUUGGUCAAUCCAUCCGAUCAUCAUCUUUGAGUCAAAUGUUGCCCGCUGCUCCUAAAAACGAAGCACACCGAAGCGUUGCUGCAGUCUCAGGUGCAAAUUUCGUUUUAUGCGGAGCUAAAAAAAAUGAAGAAAGAAUUUCAUCAACGCCCUCCGAGUGAACAUUUCAUUUCUGAAAAAAACAAGAAAGUUCAAAGUCUCGCUUACGAAAAUUUUCAAUGUGUAGGACAAGGGCGCCGAUUCCGAAAAUGCCGUUCAAAGUUAGCGCCGUAUUUUUUUCGUUUUGUUGCUGAUAUUCUAUUAGUUUUUAUCAAUUUUGUACUAGAAUCGAAUGAAUUUUGCGUCAUCUGUUAAUAAUGAUAGUUUAUUUACUGCCGUUAUUUUUUUAAUGAUAGAUUUUAGGCACACUUUGGUCUGGGUAAAAUAAUUUUUUUCUCAUUUUUUUGAAUUGCGAAUAAAAAAAGAAAAAAAUAAUUCCUUGAUUCUCAAAAAAACAAGAAACGAAACGAAAAAAACAAUAGAUAAGAAAAAUUAUUGCUUGAAACGAUAUAUGAGUGAAUUUUUGUGUGGUUGCAAAUUUUCUGUGUGAGAUAACGCAGGGUUUCAAAUCUAGCAGGCUUGAAACUUAAAAAAUUCGUUUUUCGUAGUUUGGGUUUUUCGAAAAUGUGGCAGAAAAGUCCAUAUUAACAAAUGGCGCAAAAAUAUCCGAGUCGAAUAUGGAUGUAUACUACACAAUUAAUGAACAAUGAUAAAGAAAAAGCAAGCAGUUAUAAUUCGAAACAACGGCGCUAACCGAUUUGACGCCAGCGAAAUCAGCGCAAACGUAAGCGGCGUAUGCAUACGCGCCGCCUACACGCGACGGCGCAUUGCGGACCGGUGUUUGAAUGGAACUCUUAGAAUCGGCGCCCUUGUCCUACACUCAAAUUUUAUGAGCCGUUUUCAUCCGAUUCGAUUCGUUUUAAUGAGACCAUGAACCAGUGGAGAAUUCAAAACAAAAAAAAAAUGUUUGUGAAAGUGAAUAUGAUAUUUCGAAAAAUACUUUUUCAGCUAACUUUUCGAAACCGCGUCCAAAUCGUCUACGCAGGUCGGCACGCAUAAAGGCCCAAAGUAAGCAGAUACGAAAGCGAAAGAUUUUGCCUCGCAAAGCCAAACAGCCGUCAAGAAAUGUGUUUUAACAAAUUUAAUAAUUUAUCUUUCAUUGUAAACAUAUGAAAUUUUAUUGUUUCAACAUGUAUUUGUUUUAGGGGAAAAAUUUGGUGCGGGAAAAGUCGAUUUCAAAGAGUAAUUGAGAGUUUUGAUCCGGAAAAAAGAGAACAAAAAAAUAACUUGUAAACCUUUAUGAGUAUGUGUAUCAUUUUCAUUGGCUUGAGCAUUUUUGCUAAACCAAAUAAGCUUCCCAUGAAUGACCGGGAAUGAAAAAAAAUAAUUGCUACAGUUUUCUGUUGAAUGCUCUUAGCCAUCGCUUAACUGUUACCUUUGACAAAUUUAGCGAUAAACAUAUAAUCUUACUUUCUUACUCCGAUACUUAGAUGGUCCAUCUUCGCUUUCGAACUUUUAUUGAUCGAAGCGUGGAUUACACGUUUAGCAAGAGGUCCUGUCUUAUGCAAUCGGUCGUCCAGUGUUCUCCUGGUUGACUGGUAUUCUUGCGAAAAAAGUUCUUCUGUUAGCGGAAGCAAGCCGAACUGCGUGACAGGUGUACCGUUAGCCGCCAUGGCGUUGCCUCCCCAUAACCGCGUAGAGGUGGUACUUCAAGGGCACAGAUAUUCUGUUGGAGUUUACUGUGUCCUCCUGACUCCUCAUGCUUCGCGGAAAUAUGAAAAAAACAGCUAAUGUUGGAAGAAAAUUUUAUAAAAAAAAGAGUGUAUUCAUAAUUUGAAUUCUAUUCUAAAUAUUAGAUUGAAAUUUCUCUUUAUAAUCAACUUCAAUACUAAAGAAAAAUUAACAAAGUUCAAACAACGUUUUUGACACAGCCUAGAGACUUGAUUGAAUAUUCUUCAUCAAACAGCCGAUUUGGUGAUUUUCAGCAGACGAAACCGAUGGAUGUCACAGUUUAAUCAACAUAGGACAGAGGCCUCGACCAAAUGUUCUUGGGGGAUCAUUACACUUGGGAGGAUUGAUCCAUCUAAGCUAUGCGUUCAUCUCUCAUAAUCAAUGAUUUUUUUUAGUUUGUUACUUACUGAAUUAAGAUUUCAUGUUGAGCUAGUAAUUUUGCUUUUGCUGAGACCUCUAUUCUUACCACAACAUUUACCGCUUUGAACUCUGUUUUUCUGGAGGGAAAGUCUUUUGAAUUGAAGUUUUUUCAUAUUUAAAUCUGCAAUUUCUGUAAAAAUUACAUAACGGAAUGACUUAUUUGUUUAAGAACAAUUUGAAACAUUCGUGAAAAUUUUUUUCGAUGUAAAUUUUUAUUGAUUCGGACUUGAAAAUGAUAACAAAUUUCAGAAACUUGGCAAAAAUAACGUUAGAUGGUUUCUCACUUAUUUCAGCUAGGGAAAAAGUUUGAAGGGAAAAAAAAAACUUGUGCAGCUUCCAUGAAGAACUUUGAAGUUCUGCUUCCAAUUUUUCAGCCUGUUCACCAUUGAUAAAAAAAUUUUGCAAGGUUGCUGCCAGGAUCUUUCAUGCAAGAAAAACAUUCGGCCGGAGGCACUUUUUUUCGCCGUGUACCGAGAAAAAUGAUUAUGGCGCGCCACUGCGUUAUCUGAUGAACUUUGUUGUAAACUAUAAAAAAAAGUGCGAGGCGCCUAGCUGUUCAAGACUUCGACGGGUCUUGAUUUCCGCAGAUUUCGCCGCUUUUCCGUUACCGCCGCUCGUUAUGAUAGCCGUUAUCAGCUAUAAUUCCCUACGUUCGAUGCGUGCGUAUUUGAUGUCACAAUUGAAGUGACCAUUUCUAUUUCAAUUCCUGCCCUGGCCCCAAUCGUUCGCGUCUGGGUGCAAUUGGAAAUAUAAUCGUCUAAACUUUGCUCUGCUGGCGUUUGUUCCAAAAGCUUUAACCUCAAAUAAACAGCCGCGGGAAUCGGUGGUCGUAACUCUUGAUCAAAAUAUCUCUCCUAUUUAUACUCCAUUUACCUGUAUCUUGAGAAAAUAGCCGCUUAUAAGUCUGAACUCUUCUUUUUACAUUAUUUCGAUAAUUAUUUAAAGACCUUUUAUGAAGUUUCUUUGGUCAGUAUGGGAAGAGAACCCUUUUAAUCUUAGUUUAAUGUGUUCGAAAUCAAAAAUAGCAAUAUUCGUUCAUAUAAGUUUUGCCACAACUCCCUUUAUUAUCUGCUUUUUUUGCAUGCUAUUUUUUUGUACAUCUUAUUUUUUUCAUAUUUAAAACAAAAAAAUGUGUGCGAAUUUCCUGUUCAUUUGAAAAUGAGGAAUAAAUAAUGAAGUUAUCUAUUGCUACAGAGGUAAUGUUGAACGAUUAAAAAAUUCAUUUUUAAUACUGGAAAAAAUUUGAUUCGAAGAGUUUUUUUUUUUAUCGAAUUCGAAAUUACCUUUUGUUUCUUGAUACUUUGCCACGCUAGAUAAAUAUUUUCUUCUCAAUUCUUCAAAAAAAGUUAUCGUCUAUCAUUUCUGUUCUCACUUAAAAUUAAGUAAUUGGUUUCGUUUUUCAGGUGAUAACAUAUGAUCGUAGCGUUAUGACAACUUCUAAGGAUGACCGAAAAGACGAUGAACUGGUCGAGCAGCAGCUGGAAGAAGCCGGCUUCAUCAAGCCUCCUGAUGGUAAGAACUUUCUUAGCUACUCUUAAAGAAAAGCAUAAUUGAUUCGAAAAAAAAAAAUUAAAAAAGAGGUCAUUCCAUCUUUUCUAAGACUAAAAGGAAAAAGUUUUUAAUAGUUUUUUUUCGAUCGGUGUAAUUUUGAUUUUGUCGAAAUGCGUUUAAAAUUUUCAUCCAAUCAUUUUUUUCAAAAGGUGAUCGACCUUUUGCUCGUAGGAUAAAUUUACAUUGAAACUCCAGUUUUGCACAAACUAUCCAAAUGUAACUCUGAGCUCUGAAUAAUCGAUCUUUUGUAUUUUGAUACCUUUGAACGAGAAGCAAGUACUGCGCAAUAAAACAGAUAAGAAGCUUAUAUCACUGGUUUUGGUCUCUGAAUAGAUUAUCACAUUAAGAUUUCACGCGCAAACCAUCUUUGAGGUUAUGCAACGAGACGGCUACCAAUAAAUCAUCGUUAUCAGUGAGAGCUCUUAUCUUAGUUUCAAAAAAAAAAUUCGAUUUGCAGAUGGAGUUCUAAAGAAACAUUGCACCACCAUUACAAACUUGAAAGAAAUUCAAACGGGCCCAAUUAAUUCUUUACAAACCUCCAAAAUUGUUGGCUGAAUUCAUUAAAUAGCAGUGCUUUUGAGCAAAAACACAAAAAUGAUAAUGGAAAACUCAGGAACUCAAAGAGUCCGUUCACCGCUCGAAAAUAUUUUUAUGCAGUUUGAUGGAUGAUCUCAACUAAAAGUGAAAUUUUCGACAAAAACUAUAUUCAGAUAUUUUCAAAUCCUGUUUCAAAGUUCACGAGAAGGGUCUUGAAAAACAAUUCCAUGUUUAAAGCUCAAAAAUAUUAGUGAUCUUUAUAUAUUUAUACCCACUGAAGGUAUGAAUUAUGAAAAAUCGCAGAGUCUCGAUCCCUAUCAGCAAGCUAGCCUGAUAUGGUUUGACGGGGCUUUUCUGUAAGCUUGAGCAGUAUGACUUUUUUUGGCAUUGAAAAAAGUUUGAAAACAGCUUGAAAUACUGAGUUUAGUUCACUUGGCCCUUCUCGGCUCCGAGCUGAGGCUUGUUUGUGAUGAAUUGAUUAUCAUUUGGUUUCCCGAUAUUUUUGCCCUUUAUUUCAGGUGGUUAUGGUUGGCUGGUCGUUUUUGCAUCAUUCCUGGCAAAUCUCAUCGUUGACGGCAUCAUUUUCACUGUGGGAGAUAUUUUGCUCCCUCAAUGGAUGGCCGAUUACAACGCAUCGGCAACUUCAGCCGCUUUGAUCAUUUCUAUCCUGAGUGGAACUUACUUGUUAGUAGGUUUGUUUCUAUUGAGGUCGCUCAUGUGUAUACAUUCCCUUGCAGGACCUAUCGCGUCCGUUUUGGCAAAUUUGUAUGGAUGUCGAGCAGUCGUAAUUGGAGGAGCCAUUCUAUCUUGUAUCGGUUUCGUGGCCUCUGCAGUGACUCCACAAAUAUAUUACCUUUACAUCACUUUCGGCCUUAUUGGAGGUUCGAUAAGGCUUGGGAUUAACGUCAAUUCUGCUUUGUCAGGUCUCGGAUUCGGGUUUAUUUAUUUGCCAGCAAUUGUCAUCAUUGCACAAUACUUUUCUGAGAAGCGAUCCAUGGCAACUGGAAUGGCCGUUUGCGGGUCCGGAAUAGGAACAACUAUUUUUUCAAUGGUUUUUUUCUCAAAAUAAAAAAUUCAGUAGGAACGUUUCAGUUAAACCCCUUCGUCAUGUAUCUUGUGGGGAACAAUUGGAGAAUUUUCUCUAUUUUCAUCGCGCUGGUCACUCUGCUCUGCAUAAUCAGCGCCAUCAUUUACAGACCGAUCGAGGCGACGGCAGAUCAAAUCGAAAAGGCAAUAAGCUUCUAAAUAAACACAUGAAAGUCUGUUUUAGGUCGCUCAAAUCGUGGAAGAAUACGAGCAGAGCCACCCUCACGAUAAGGAGGCAACUAAGCUGGGAAGCCAUCAUCCUUCGCUAGACGCCAGUCAUCCUUUCUUAUCAACUGUAGAGCUUAAUACGGCCGCCAUGAAAGGAAACGUUUGUUCUUUCAAUCAAAUCACAUUCAACAGAAAGCCAUUCAAGGUGAAAAUGCUGUCUCACAAAAACUUGGUCGACGCGGUUGCAAAAGAAAGCAUUCGAGAUUUAAACAGGCCUUUGUCAAAAAUGGAUGUUUUUUACUCUGGAUCUACGCAGAACUUGAGAGAAAGAACUCGGACAAACUCUGGUAAAAAUAUUCAAAAUUUCAUCUCCAUCGCAAUUUUCCAGUUUCUAUGGGUCACAGGAAAACAAAUUCGAUAACGGAGGACGAGCUCGAGAUCAAACAAUCAAAUAUUUAUCUGAGUCGUGCUGGUCUGGCUAUAGAUAGUAAUGGAACCCCAUCCCCUAAGACUUGGAAGAGCAAUUUAACAGAAGUAUGAAUAACUGCAAAAAGUAGGUAUCAGAAAGCGAGAAUCAAAUUCCAGACCCUUGGCGCGCUUUUGGAUACCAGUCUUCUCUAUUCCCCAUCUUUUCUGGUUCUCGCGUUUUCCGGUCUACUGACCCUCUCUUGUUUCUACGUUCCAUACAACUACAUCGGAAAUCAUAUUGAUAAAGUGAGGAGAACUCAAAAUCAGAAUACUAUUUUUAUGAUUGGAUUUGAGCUUCCCGACGCGACUCCCGCAAAAAAAGCGUUGAUCAUCUCGCUCCUUGGUAUCAUUAACAUUUUUGCUCGAAUUGGUUGCGGGUGGAAGAAUUUUCUACGAUUUCCUUUAAUUCGAAGUUUUCAGUUGGAUAGCAGACCGUCCACAAGUUGAUGCUUUAUUUGUGUCGAAUGUCGCCAUUAUAGGCGCAGGGCUUGCGACUGCCGCAGUCCCAUUUUACUCGGCUUACUGGCAUUUUGUAGCUUUUUGUCUGCCGUUUGCUUGUGGAGUGGGUAAGUGUCAAUAAAAUCGCCAGAAUCAAAGAUAAAGUUCUAGCUUGUUUCGCCGCUCUUCGCUCGGUAAUUUGCCUCGACCUUUUCGGAUUGGAAAAACUUUCAAAUGCUUUCGGAAUACUUUUGACAUUUAUGGGCGUUGGUGCAAUCGUCGGUUCUCCUUUAGCAGGUACACAAUAUCAGAGACCUUUUUAACAUGCAUGCAAAGUCAUUUUUACCGUUCCUACCGGAAUUUUCUAUAAAUUUAUUCGAACACUUGAUGGACCAGGCUGCUUUUUGCGCAAACUUUUUGUUUUAGAAAAAUGAAUUAUUAAGUUUUUCGUCGGUUAACACUUCAACAUGAGUAGGAACGGUGAAAUGACUCAACAGGUCAAUUUUAUCAUUAGGUUAACAAACAUAGGAGUUAUUUAAAGAAACUUCCGUUGUGAUGAUUGAACAGUGGAACUUAAGAGAUUGAUAAAUUUGGAAAUAAAGACCCAUCGCAUAUUUUUAAAGUUUUGAACGGUCCGAAAAGAAUUUUUACGCAGUGUUAUUUCAAAAAAAAAAAAUCAUGAUCCAAAAACAAAAUCAACAUCUUUUUUGAACACUUAAAGAAAUCAUUACAAAAAUUUUCCAUUUUGUCAAAAAUCAAUUAGCGUUUUUCAGCCCUUUUGAAAGAUGUAACUGGAAACUUUGACGUUUCAUUCUAUAUUAUGGGAGCUUUAAUGGCCACGAGUGGUGUGAUCUGUCUCCCUCUCAGAAAAUUGCGAGAAUGGGAAGUGAAAAGGUAUUUCUAUUCAAUAAUUUAAAAUUUUAUCUUAUUUUUAGGGGUACUGAGAAGGACGCCAAUCUUGCUGUCGAAUUGCAAAGCUUGAAACCAUAG